GAAGAUUUUAUUAACUGCAGAAUAGAAAAACAUGGCAUCGCUCAAAGAAAUCGUGAUUAUGUACCAGAGUUUGAAAAGAGAAUGGGACAAGAAACCACCGAAUUUAGACAGAUGCGGAGAAUUUCUGACAAAAUUGAAGAUUGCACUAACAGGAGUGACAUUUCUGCCAACAAAUGAGAGUUCACCAUCAAAACAAGAACUUCUAGUUGCAAGAGAUAUUCUGGAGAUUGGUGCACAGUGGGCAAUAGCAAAACGAGACAUCCCAGUUUUUGAGCGAUACAUGGCCCAGUUAAAGUCUUACUACAUGGACUACAAGUAUGAUAUUAACAUUUUUUGGAUAAUAUAACCCUACACAAUAAGU